UAGACAACCGAUCCCGAUGAUCCGAUUUCUUUUGUCCCCGCAACCCCUCCAUCAUGUCUAUCCUCCUCGGUCCUGAAAACACUCGCCAUUAUUAGUUCUUGUUUUCUUUGUCCUAAUCAUUGUCCAAACUACCACCUGCAAGUAAAAAAUCAUACAUCAUCGACCCGAAUAUGUCGCAGGGCGCCCCGCAAUCGGCCGCCGAGGCCUUGUACCAACCGUACGACCAAUUCAUCCUCUUUGGAGAUUCGAUUACCCAGAUGUCUAGUAAUCAAGAGCUUGGAUUUGGUCUUCAGCCUGCGCUACAAGAUGCCUACAGUCGAAAACUGGAUAUAAUCAAUCGCGGGUUUGGAGGCUACACCACUGCCCAUGCUAUCAAGGUGUUCCCCAAGUUCUUCCCCACGCCGGAGAGAGAAAAUGUUCGGUUGAUGACUAUCUGGUUCGGAGCCAACGAUUCUUGCCAUCCUGGAAACAGCCAGCACGUCCCGCUGGACGUCUUCAAAGAGAAUCUGAGACAAAUUAUUCAACACCCCGCAACCCUGGCUCAGCAACCUAAAUUGAUCAUCUGCACCCCGACCCCAAUCAAUGAGCAUCAACUGGAAGUUUUCGACUCGGAGAAAGGGAAUGAGUUCCCCAGCCGAACAAACGGCUUUACGCGACAGUAUGCAGAGGCAGCUCACGAAGUGGCCACGUCGUUUAAGAUCCCCGUUGCGGAUCUUUGGACGGCAUUUAUGACCGCUGCUGGAUGGAAAGAGGGCGAGCCUCUGAUAGGAUCAAGAGACCUUCCGAGUAAUGACAAGCUCGGCAGCCUGUUCACAGAUGGGUUACAUCUGACCCCGGAUGGAUAUCGCAUUGCAUAUGAUGUUAUCAUGGAGACGAUCCGACGCAAUUGGCCUGACGAGGACCCUGAGCGUCUCCCCUUUGUCUUCCCUGGCUGGAUGGAGGCGCCCAAAUAGAGGCUUGAUCUGGCCUAGUCGCCGGGAAAACCGGGAAAUCAAUUUGGUCUAUAUUA